CGCGGAGAGUUCGUGCUACACCACGCGCCGGUCUCCACUACACGCACUAAAUAUUUAUAACACAACCGAUCUCUAACUAUAAACACUAGUUAAUGAGUGAAACAACAGUCAACAUACUUCGCCAAGGACUUUAUCAACCCCAAACAUUACGGACUACAGUGCAGUGAAAUGAUAGCAAGUUUUUCUUCAGCGCUCAAGUGUAUUACGUACUUUGUUUCGGAAAUGGUGAUAUCGACCCAAGGGGAGUGUUUAUGAGACGUUUUGUAGUGAAAUGAAAGAUCUGUGAUAAUGUAUGCUAUAGCGGCUGUGUUUUGUGCGCUGCUGCACGUCGGCUGGACGGUGCUUCCCUACGGCUCGGACAAAUGCGUUCGGAUCUCAGAGUCCGAGGGCAUGCUCUGCAGGAUCCGCACGCUCGAUGGUGAUGGUGGUAGUAUCGCUUCUGUGACAUCCGAUACUAGCCGCCUCGCUGUCGAGUGCAACCAUCUACUGCUGUUCGAAAGCUCACUGCGGCCUCACUACUUCAGCUCCAUGCCGAGCCUCACGGAUUUAUCAAUAAGCAAUUGCAAAUUGCUCAAUGUGCCAGACUACUCCUUUCAAGACUUGAGUAAACUGAGAAGGCUGAAACUUCGUUCCAAGAACUUUGAGUGGAGUCCUACUAAGAAUUUAGAGUUAUCUCUGAGCUCUUUCAAUGGAUUGUCGGAACUACAGUCCUUGGAUCUCGCCCAAAAUAACAUCAAGUUUGUUCCUUCCGGUGUGUUUUGUUCCCUAGACAACUUAAAUACGCUUAACUUAACGCACAAUAGAAUAAGAACUAUUGGUCAACUGGGAUUUGGCCAAGGAUGUGGUUUGAGUUUGCUCAGCUUAGAUCUCAGUCACAACGAGAUAAAAACCCUUCCAGAGGAAUCGGAACUACUUAAAUUAAGGAGUCUGCAACACCUAUAUCUGCAACACAACAAUAUCAGUGACAUAUCAAGUGAAGCUCUUAACGGACUUGUCUCCUUGCGUGUCUUGAACAUAUCAUAUAACCGUCUACAUACAUUGCCUGAAGGACUUUUCGCCAACGCUAGAGAGUUAAGAGAAAUAUAUUUAAACGACAACACAAUAUUUGAGUUAUCUCGAACGAUAUUUCAUCGUUUGGAACAGUUGAUCGUUUUAGAUUUGUCAAGCAAUCAAAUUACUAGCAAUCAUAUCGACGACGGAACAUUUUUGGGACUUAUUCGACUGAUUGUGUUGAACUUAUCAAAUAAUGCCUUAACUAGAAUCGACGGAAAGACAUUCAAAGACCUAUUUUUCCUUCAAAUACUGAACUUGAAGAACAAUUCAAUUGGUUAUAUCGAAGAGAACGCUUUCCUACCGUUGUACAAUCUUCAUACAUUGAAUUUAGCGGAGAACCGACUUCAUACUAUAGACGAAAAUUUAUUCAACGGCUUAUUUGUAUUGAGCAAGUUAACUCUCAAUAACAAUUUGCUUGUGAAUAUUGACCGAAAAGCAUUUAAAAAUUGCUCCGAUUUGAAAGAAUUAGACUUAAGUUCUAAUCAGUUGUUGGAAGUGCCGGAAGCAUUAUGGGAGCUUUCUUUUCUGAAGACACUUGAUAUUGGUGAAAAUCAAAUUUCCGACUUCAAAAACGGAUCCUUCAAAAACCUAAACCAAUUAACAGGCUUGAGACUGAUUGACAACCAAAUUGGAAAUCUCAGCGUCGGCAUGUUUUGGGACUUACCGAACUUACAAGUGCUCAAUAUCGCUAAGAAUAAGAUUCAGUCGAUUGAACGAGGAACUUUCAUCAGAAAUAAUCAACUGGAAGCCAUACGACUCGACGGAAAUUUUUUGACCGAUAUCAACGGUGUUUUCUCCACGUUGGCAAGUCUCUUGUGGCUUAACCUAUCAGAAAAUCAUCUAGUGUGGUUCGAUUAUGCGUUUGUGCCUAGUAAUUUAAAGUGGUUGGACAUUCAUGGCAAUUUCAUUGAACAUUUAGGUAACUAUUACAAGUUACAAGAUGAAAUUCAUAUAAAGACAUUAGACGUUAGUCACAAUCGUAUAGUGGAAAUAUCGUCUAUGGCGAUUCCAAAUAGUGUUGAACUGUUAUUUAUAAACAAUAAUUAUUUAAACAAUAUCCAUGUAAAUACGUUUUUCGACAAAAAGAACUUGACGCGUGUGGACAUGUAUGCGAAUGAAUUAGUGCAUUUAGAUUUGAAUAGUUUACGUUUAUCAACGGUGCCGGUGAACAAAAGUUUACCUGAGUUCUAUAUUGGUGGGAAUCCGUUCCAAUGUGACUGUACUAUGGAGUGGUUGCCGAUAAUAAAUAAUAUGACCGCCAUGCAUCAAUAUCCGCGAGUGAUGGAUUUAGAAAAUGUUCUGUGUAAAAUGACAAACACCCGCAGCGGAACUCAUGUGCCCUUAACUAACCUAAAGACAACGGACUUUCUAUGUGAGUAUGAAACUCAUUGUUUUGCUAUCUGUCAUUGCUGUGACUACGACGCGUGUGACUGUGAAAUGACCUGUCCUCAAAACUGUACCUGUUACCACGACCCAUUGUGGAAUACGAACGUUGUCGAUUGUUCCGGACAAUCGUCUAUGGAGAUACCGCAUAAAAUUCCAAUGGAUGCCACUGAGGUGUUUUUGGAUGGAAAUAACAUACGGGAAUUACAAAAUCACGUUUUCAUCGGCAGACAGAAGAUGAGAUCUUUGUAUGUAAAUAACAGCAACGUUGAUAGCAUACAAAAUAGAACUUUUGCCGGUUUAACUGCUUUGCAAAUCCUUCACUUGGGAAGCAACAAACUUAAAGAACUAAAAGGAUACGAAUUCCAUCAAUUAAGUAACUUAAAAGAAUUGUUUUUACAAAACAAUCUUAUCAGUAACAUAGCUAACAUAACUUUCCUUUCAUUAAAAUCCUUGGAAACUUUACGCCUAGAUGGCAAUAGACUGGUUGAUUUUGGCGUGUGGAGUUUUAAUAAUAACCCUAACUUGAAAGCUUUGUCACUCGGAAACAACUUGUGGUCAUGUAAAUGCCGCUACCUGCAGGAACUAACUGCAUUUUUGGCCGAAAAUGCGCAAAAAAUAAUUGACAUAACCGAUGUAUGGUGUUGGAAUGGCGAUGCAAAACCUCCGCAGAAAAAAGAGCUAAAUUUAAAUGGCACUGCCUGCAGCGAUUAUUAUGCAGAUAAUUCAGUCAUUGGAAACAUGUUGGUGUCGAACUAUGUUCCCAUGAUGGUCUCCACUCUCACAGGUUUUAUGUUAAUUUUAUUGGCUCUUGUCGUAUUAUUUCUUUUUAGAGACUCGCUCAGAGUAUGGCUUUACACAAACUGUGGAAUACGUGUAUUCACAUUUGCCGGCGCCUUUGAAGAAAGUGAGAAAUUGUAUGACGCUUACGUUUGCUAUAGCCCGAAAGAUGAGGAAUUUGUUGUGCAGUCGUUAGCCGGUGAAUUAGAAAAUGGCAAUCCUUCUUAUCACCUUUGCCUCCAUUAUAGAGACAUUCCACACCAUGGCGCUGAGUAUAUGCAAUGUGCGCCGCCAGUCGUCGAAGCGGCAGAAGCAUCGAAACGAAUAAUAAUCGUGCUAACGAGAAAUUUUAUGCAAACCGAAUGGUCUCGAUACGAAUUCCGACAGGGGUUGCACGAAGCGCUCAAAGGAUGUAUUUAUAAGUUAGUUCUAAUAGAGGAAUGUUCAGUGAUAGCGGACGCGAUGUGCGAUCCGGAUUUGCGGCCAUAUCUAAAGACUGGGUCGCGACUGAGAUGGGGCCAGAAAAGAUUUUGGGAACGUCUCAGAUAUAUGAUGCCGGAUUCGUCGCACCCGAAUCAUAAGACAAGAAGUCAUAACUAUAGGAAGAAUAUAAACACCUAUACGUUAGAUUCCUCCGUACCUAAUGGGGGAAAUCGAACAUUGCCUUUUCCUGAUAAAUCGCCAGUGAUGGGUGAUAGGCAGGGAGCCAGUGCUCCUCCAGAAUAUAGUAGUGAGGUGCGACAGUCGCCAUCAGUGGUGAGACAGACGCAGGGAGUUGUUUACGGGCCGGACGGCAGGCCGAUCUCAGAUCAUAUCUAUUCCUCUAUAGACUCUGAUUACUCGUCGUUAGAGCAUGGUAUGGCUCCGGGCCGGAGGCGAGAUAUGCGCCAGUGGCCACCACCGCCACCACUUGUCGAUACAGGCAAUGCCGUACAAGCUUACCUAGUCUAGACGAUCUAUUGGAUCUACUUCCAGUCACAAUUGUAAAUAUUGUAGAUUUUACCCCUAGCUCGCUGUAAAUAUUGUAAUUAUUAUAAUCUAAGUGCUAUACCAAAACUAUGUAAGUGAACUAAUAUUGCCUGUUCGUUAUCCUGUGUAUAGAGAAGUAAUAAAAUUUUAAAGACUGCUGUAGUAUAUGAGUAUUGUAAAUAGAAAACAAGUGAUCAUUACUAUAUUAUUAACUGUAAUAUGGCGUUAUUUAUACACUAUAAAAAAUUAAAUGAUGAUGA